UGCUGUCCCCGCUCCUCCCAGGAUGCUGGCGGCGUGCGGCAUGCAGCGGUGCCAUCAGGAAGCGCUCAAGAAGAACCGGGUGAUGCUGGCCAAGCAGCUGGUGUUGAAUGUGCUGGUGGAGCACAUGGUAGAGAAAGACAUCAUCACCACGGAGAUGGUGGAAAUGAUACAGGCCAAGUCUGGGAGCUUUGACCGAAAUGUGGAAUUCCUCAAUUUGCUACCCAAGAGAGGCCCUAAUGCCUUCUCAGCCUUCUGUGAAGCCCUGCGAGAAACCCAACAGCAGCAUCUGGAGGCACUGAUCCUGAAGACAAUGUCCAACCUGAGCCAUGAGAUUGCAAGGCUUGAACACUGUCAUGAGUCAGAUCUUCCAUACCCUGCCAGUGAGUCCUGUAAUUCAAAGAGACCCCGUUGGCUUGAACCAAUGGAACACUCCUUGGAUAAUGGAGAUGGUCCUGCAGUUCCUCCAGUGAAGUAUUGCAGUCCUGAAUUUUAUCGCAAUCAUCAGCACUUGGCAUACAAGCUGACAUCAGAGCCCCGAGGCUUAGCACUGAUCCUCAGCAAUGUCCGUUUCAGCAGCGAGAGCGACCUGGAAUAUCGCUCAGGGGGAGACGUGGACUGUGCCUCCCUGGAGAUGCUUUUCAAGCAUCUUGGGUAUCGAGUCACUGUUUUGUGUGAUCAAACUGCACAGGAGAUGCAGAAUGCAUUGAAGAGAUUCUCCAAGCUGCAAGAUCAUCGAGAUGUAGAUUCCUGCAUUAUAGCUCUGCUUUCCCAUGGUGUGGAAGGAGGGGUUUAUGGCAGUGAUGGCAAACUACUAGAGUUGCAGGAGGUUUUCCGGCUCUUUGAUAAUGCAAACUGCCCAAAUCUCCAGAAUAAGCCCAAAAUGUUCUUUAUCCAGGCCUGCCGGGGAGAUGAGUUGGACCGAGGAGUGGAUCAAAGAGAUGGCAAAGGGCGGUCAGACUCUCCGGGCUGUGAGGAAAGCGAUGCCAACAAGGAGGAAAGUGUGAAGCUGCGGCUGCCGACGUGCUCGGAUAUGAUCUGUGGAUACGCUUGUCUGAAAGGCACUGCGGCCAUGCGGAAUACCAAGCGUGGCUCCUGGUAUGUCGAGGCUCUCACCUCGGUGUUUGCAGAGGACUCCCGGCACACUCACGUGGCUGACAUGCUGGUGAAGGUGAAUAGGCAGAUCAAGCAACGAGAAGGUUAUGCCCCAGGCACCGAAUUUCACCGCUGCAAGGAAAUGUCAGAAUAUUGUAGCACACUCUGUCGGGACCUUUACCUGUUUCCUGGCUAUCUCCCAGGAAAAUAACCUUGCCAGCUCUGUUUGAAGAGAGAUACUGCCAAAGCUGAACUUUAACUGUGGAUAUCUGUUUUCACUUUUACAAACUGUGGCAUCAGAUGGGAAGCAAGGAGUGCCAGUCUAAUUCUUUGUCUUUUUCUAAAAUAAACUGGCAAC